AUGCCUGUCGCGAAAGAGCAAGUCGGCGACGUACCUGAAGGCCUAGUUCCAGCCAUCAAACUUGAACCUCCGCCUGGGUUCGAACAAGAUGAGUGGGAGCAGCUUACCGAUGGAUUUGCGUGUGAAGCUGACGAGAUUGACGGUAUCUUAGAUCAAAGAGGUAGUGGGGGUUCACGAAAAGGCCGACCUAUCAAUUUGAGCGUCCCCUAUACUGGCUCUCUGAGUGGUAGCGCCCGUGCUAUUGCUCAACGUGAACGCAAAGCUCUUUUCGAUAAAGAGGAGAAGGUACUUGAAAGCGUUAGAACAGCCGACCGCUCCGCGAAGUACCAACUGAAGAAAUCGCUUUUGCAACAGCCUAAGUAUAAAUUAGCAAAUAGUGCUAGACAGGCUAAGCUGCUAGAGAAAGAGUGGGAUAUACUUUCAGAGAAGCGGUUUACCCAGAAAAAGUCUGCUGAAUGGCUAGAGACAAACCUAACUCAUGUGCAUCGUAAAUGGGAUGCGAUCACUAAGCAGGUGGAUAUGAGAAAACACGAGAUCACGAUUGCGAAAGUGCUUAGCAAAGAUGACAAGCCCACCCAUGACAUUAGUGGUAGAGGAAUAGCAAGAAUUUACGGCUCAGGUGGUGUUUUGCAAAAGAUUCUUCGAAAGACCUAUCAAGAAGGAUUAGCAAAGCUUAACAACAACGACUUUGAGAGCAAGGAGGCUAAGAGAGAGUUUAAGAAGUUCGUGGAGGAACUUACACCUAAUGAGAUGAAAGUCGUAACUAAUAAUGACUAG